AUGGAUCCUGCAACUGUGCAUGGCCUACCGCGGAAGGCUACCGGCAUCAAAUGGGCACUACUCCUUGUCGCUGCCCUCUCGUCCAUAUUCCUCUUUGCCCUCGACAACACCAUUGUUGCUGAUGUACAGCCUAAGAUCAUUAACGAUCUAGGAGAAAUCGAAAAAUUGACAUGGAUCUCCGUGAGAUUUGCUUUGAGCGCCGUGGAAGUCCAAUUGCUUUGGGGUAAGAUAUACACCCAAAUGAACAUCAAGCUGUUCUUUUUAGUUGGCGUCCUUCUCUUUGAGGUUGGAUCUGCGGUUUGUGGUGCCACUCCGACCAUGGAUACACUUAUUGUCGGUCGCGCAUUGUGCGGCGUUGGCGGCGUGGGUAUCUACAUCGGUGCUAUGAACAUCAUCUCACUUAGCACCACUGAAGCUGAGCGACCAGGUUAUCUCGGACUCGUUGGUCUAACCUAA